AUGGCCAGCGGUGACCAAGUUGAAGCAAGCCGUGCGGGUGAUGGAAUGAGACAGCGCUUACAAGGGCCCUUUGAGAACACCGACAACAUGGCAGGUGAUGACCGAACACCAGCUCCCUCGAGUAGGAUAGACGCCCUAAAGCCUUCGAGACCACUCUUGGAAAGUCGUCGUAGCUCCGCCAUGAGCAUAGCUCAGAUCGACCGGGUAUUAUCAGAAGAUGAUUUAAACGAGGACACGUACGGAGUCUCUGAGAUACGCGAGGGUUUGUUUGACGCCAUAUUUCUUAAGCCGUUGAAUCUCAAUGUGAAGGAUCUCUUAGAGCAUUCGAAGGCUACCUUACCCGCCCAAUUUGACAAGUCAAAUCCAUUGGCACCAAAAUAUUUUGUCUCACGACAAUUACACCAGCUGAAUUCUCUGUUUCGUCGGAUAGCAACUACGCGAGCUGGGAUUCGGCUGUUCAAAUCCUUCUUGGCUUUUUUCAUUGCGUACUGUCUUUGUUUAGCGCCUACCAUAAGAGAUUGGCUUGGCCGUUAUCAUUACAUGAUGGUUAUAUCUGUUAUCCUGAAUCAUCCAGCUCGCACAGUUGGUGGCCAAAUCGAGGGUACAAUUCUCAUUAUUGUUGGAACAGCCACUGGCCUAGGUUGGGGUGUUAUUGGCCUGCUGUUGUCGACUUCCACUCUCGCUGCCAGCGCUGGCUAUGGAGGUAUAUUGGCCAUGUUUCUUGCCAUCUUUAUGCUUAUCACUGCUUCCAUUCGUGCAUUCUUCAUCAGAUUUUAUCAGGCUGUUCUGUGCGCUGGCAUAGCAAUCAUGUUUACAACACUAGCGGAGACGAACAGUCAAAAUGUCACAUGGAACAAGUUGCGUAGUUACGCUAUCCCUUGGUUUUUGGGACAAGCUAUUGCUUUGGUUGUUAAUAUUGUCAUAUUUCCUGACGCAGGGGCCAGGGCUCUCGCCACUGCAUUGCAUCAAUCGUUUGCCGUCAUGCAGGAUGCCCUUGACCUCUCUGUUCAACAGCGUCGCAGUAGACAGAGGCGAGGCUUAGCUGAUGCGUUUGUGAAUCUCUCAGAAGCCUACCGAGAUAUGAGGAUCAACAUUACUAUAUCCAGAUUUCGGCCAGAUGAUGUUGAGCAACUGCGCAAUAACAUGCAGGCGGUCAUACGAGCGUUAUUAUCAUUUCAAAACGAGCCCCGACUCUUGGCUACCGACUGCUCAGAACAAGGUUCUGUGAAUUUUAUGAACGACCCGGAUUCUGACAAGUCCAAAAGGGGAGCUACUGCUUCAAGUGCCACAUCCAGUCCUCCCGUGUCGGAUGAUGCACUGCACAAUGUCGUGGAGCCACUUCGAGCCCCGACUAACGAUCUUCUUUUCUGUAUAAAGGACGGUCUGCAAAGAUGCGACGCCGCCUUAAUGGAUAUAUCUGGAUAUAGGAAGUAUCUCGGUCCCGACACAGAAACUCCUUCAGACGUCGGGCCCAUCCAAAUCCACACAAAGCACGCAAUAGCCGCUUUUGAAAUUGCAGAGUCAAAUAUCCUUCACUCUGACAAUACUCCCGUAUCGUCGAUUUAUGAUCCCGAUGUCAUCCAUCUCUUGGUGUUUUCCAGGCGUGUUCGGGAAACUAUUAUGACUGUCACAACUUUAAUGGAUCAAGUCACAGCGAUGCAGCGAGUGCCAGACUGGCCCCGGGUGUAUCUGCCAUCUUAUCCCAUUUGGAAGGCAAUCCAUCGAACUAAUGCCCAGGUUCGACACGACCGAGGCGGCGUAACUGCGGGUUAUUAUCAAAAGACAUUUGUGGAAAUCGCAAGACUACUUGAUAAGAUCAAAUCCUUGGACUACAAACCUAUGUCGCGAUUUGAGAAUGAGCCGAGCAAAGAGGAGUCACAAACUGAGCUUAACCGUCCAACGAUGGACUCGAGUACGGACAUUGCACCAACUUCAAAGAAGAGAAAACUGCGAUACAAAAUUUGGAGGGGUCUUUAUCGACUGCAAGGCUUUGAAAGUAGAUAUGCCUUCAAAGUUUGCCUUGUUACGUCCCUCUUGUCCAUACCAUCAUACCUCCCCCAAAGCAAUGGCUGGUGGGAUCAGUACGAGGUGUGGUGGGUAGUCGUAGUGAGCUGGGCAGUCAUGCAUCCACGAGUAGGCGGAAAUGUGCAAGAUCUAGUGACCAGAUCAGGCGUGGCCAUUCUAGGUGCUGUUUGGAGCGGGAUAGGAUAUGCUGCUGGCAAUGGAAACCCAUACGUUAUGGGCGUGUUCGCCGCAUUGUACAUGAUCCCCAUGCUCUACCGAUACACCAUCAGCUCGCAUCCACGCUCCGGUCUUGUAGGCUGCCUCUCUUUCACUGUCAUCUCUCUCGGUCUACAAGCACAGGGGGGUGGCUCAUCUCCUGCGCUUUUGGCAGUUCUGAAAGGGCUGUCCUUUUUCAUCGGCACAGCAGUACCAAUCAUCGUCAACUGGAUGUUGUGGCCAUUUAUCGCCCGCCAUGAAUUGAGACACGCGCUCUCAUCAAUGCUCUUCUUCAUGAGCAUCCUAUAUAGAAACGUCGUCGGCAAAUACGUGUAUUUCAGUGACGGCAAAGAGCCAAAGCCAGACGACAUACAGCGAUCCGAAAUCCUAGAAGGAAGACUAAGAGAGGGCUUCGUUCGAAUACGCCAGCUUCUAGUUCUAACCCGGCACGAAAUUCGACUACGCGCACCAUUUGACCCUCUCCCGUACUCAGCUCUGGCGGACGCAUGCGAGAGAUUCUUCGACUACCUCAUCGCCGUUCGCCAAUCAGCCUUGUUCUACAAUCCAAGCCAUAUCAGAGACGAUCCCCUGGCCGCUGACAAACUCCUCUGCUAUCGGCGUGAUGCUGUGGCCGUAAUCCUGGCCAACUUAUACAUCUUAGCUGGAGCACUUCGAUCUAAGAGAAAAGUGCCUCUCUACAUGCCCAGUGCGGCAGCCGCUCGAAAGAAACUAUUAGUCAAAACAGCUGAAGUAGAGGAAGACAUGUCGGCAGAAGAAGGGCCUAGUGAGGUUCAACAACACAAAAAAUGGAGCGAUGUUUACCGAUUUUCAUACAACGAAAGCUUGACGGGCUGCGUAGCUCAACUAGAGGAGCUGGAAAAAUAUACAAAGCUCAUAGUUGGCCAACAGGGAUUUGAUGAUGAAUUUCAUGAUGAGGAUGAGAACGAGGAUGAGGAUAAAGAUAAGCGAAAUAAUCAUGAGCAAAAUUGUCAUUAA